UUUCUUUUUUCCCUGAAUUGCUCUUUCUCCAACUUUGCUUUAAGGAAUAAACGUCAUCCUGACCUUCAUCUCUGGGCUUGUUCUGGGAAGCGAAAAGACCAAGAUCAAGGAAUUGCUGGGGUGGAGAAAAAAGUAGCAGUGCAAGACACAGUUAAUGUAGAGGAAAGGAAAUACCAUGUGCAGAACCAUAAAGAACCACCUCGUUGGCCCCUAAAAAUGGAAGGAACUUACAUAACAAGUGAGCACAGUUACCAAAAGCCACAAAAUUUUGGUCAGGACUGCAAAGCUCUCGCAGACCCUGGGAGCUCAGAUGAUGAUGAUGUUAGUAGUUUUGAAGAAGAACAAGAAUUCCACACAAAAGAUAAAAAACGUUCACAAUACUCAGUGAAAGAAGAUGGAACGCCUGAAAAGAAUCCAGCUGAAAGGAAUACGGUAUUUAUUUAUAAUGAUAAAAAGGGCACUGAAGACCCAGGAGACUCACAUCUUCAGUGGCAGCUCAAUCUCCUUACACACAUAGAGAAUGUGCAGAAUGAAGUUACCAGCAGGAUGGACCUAAUAGAAAAAGAAGUUGAUGUUCUGGAAAGCUGGCUCGAUUUCACAGGAGAGCUGGAGCCGCCUGACCCUCUCGCAAGACUGCCACAACUUAAACGCCAUCUCAAACAGCUCCUGAUUGACAUGGGCAAAGUACAACAAAUAGCAACUCUUUGCUCCGUAUGACAACAGUGAAAACCUAAGGAAAAGAAUGUGGGUCUCCUCAGUUGAUAAUUUUUAUUAUCCACAUGACUGCUGAGUGGAUAGUUAAAAAAGCGUAGUGAUGUUUGGUCAUUUACUGAUGUGUGACAUCAAUAGGAUGGCACCUUGGAAAGGAAAAUGAAGAACAACCUUUCUCAAGGAAGCUAAUAUUAGAAAAAGAUUAUGAGCAAGCUACAUGAUAAUGUGUUAUAUGCCAGGGAUCAAUGAAGUUGAAUAUAAUUUAUACCAAGGAAAUUGAGUUGGCAGGAUUUUUCAAUAGUUGCUUUACAUGAAGCUCGAGAUACGUGUAGAAAGAAAUAUGGUGUGUUUAUAUAAUUUUUAGUAGAAAGAUCCAUGUAAUAAACCAGCAUUUGGCCAAAAGCAAAAUUGUAGAGGCAAGGAAAUUCUGGAGAGUUCUAUAAGGUUGCUAUACGAACUGUCUUCACUGCAGUUGAUCCAGCUGCACCGAAGUUUAGAUAAGUAUUAAACUUUCAUGGGAUCAUGAGCUGUAUCUUAGGUGAUGAAUGUUCUUAAUCAGAAAACUGAUAGUGGAAGCCUCACUUCUGAGGAAAAACAAUUGUGGAAUUCUGACUUCAUUAUGAUUAUAUAUUUUUAAAAAUGCCAAAUAAUUGGAAUUUCUUGCAGGCAUUAAGCUCAUUAUAAACAGAAUGGCUUGCAGAAGGGUCAGUGUGCCAAAUGACGAUGACACUGCUGGAGAGAGAAUGUUAAAUGUCAUGGGAGUUCCGCUCCCAGGUCUUGGGGAUGCCGUCAGCCCAUCAGAAACAUGGAUGUGUCAUGUGGACUAUCUAUGUCCUAUAUAUAGUUGAAUUCAGGACUCAGGCAUCAGCGUACAGUUUGAUCCUGAGUAUGCUUGGUGUUUGCCUUCAGAUAAAAAUUGUAAAUAACCUCAGCUGGGAUGAGGAGUGACAAAAAUAUCAAAAUGAUUUGUGGCUGUGGAUUUUUUAACUGCUGGUAGUGGAAUACUGGAAAAGCUUCAUUUCUGAAGAUGAAUUUUAUUUUUAAAAAAUACAUGCGCACUCAAAACUUUUAGCUUUGAUCACAAAUGGACAGAUUUCUGAAACCAAAGGCAACUAAGUUGCUGAGUUAGCUCUUGCUGGAUUUCGGGCCCAGGUCCUCCUGUCUGCCAGUGCUCUUGUGAGUUGCGUGCCGCCGCCAUGCUCCAUACGCAGGUAUGCGUAAGCGUGUGUGCUUGUUUGAAACAAACACUCAACGUACAUAUGUACAUAUCCUACACAUAUUUAUAUCUGCACAUAUCUAGUUUUAUUACUAUAGACUAUAAGAGUUGGUGGUUAACAUGAAAUGUUACCUUUUAACAGACAGUUUUUAAAAAUUAAAAAUGUAUGUACAGGUUUUGAAACUUUUUUAAAAAGGGGAAAAAGACUGUUCAGAGGAGGCUAUUUGAUGAUAUAACACUUGAAUAUUUUAUGCCUCAUUCUGUUUAUCAGUUCUAGCGAUCUGUGUAAAUGCAUUUUAGAACUGAUACACAGUAAACUUGAAUUUAUCUUUGAUAAGAAUACAUGCCACUGUACAUUCAGAUAUUAUUUAAAUUUGCAAACACACUGUUCUAUAUGUAAGGUACUCUAUGUAAAACUCUUUAUUAAAACUGUUCCACAUAUCCUAAUAUUUCAGCUUGCCUUUUUGCGGCCUUAUAUUUUGAUGUGAAGACGAUUAAAAGAAUGUACAAAACCAUCAUUAGAAAUUUUUAUUGCCUUUUGACAUUUUCCAACUUGACAAAUGUGCCAAAGAUCAACAAACAUAAGAUAUGGUCCUGUGUAUUUACUUAUUAUACGUUAACUUUAUCAGAGAUCUUACUGGGAAAUGAAAAGCUUUAGUAGAGGUGAUUGGGGUACUUGCUUUAAUUUGUAUAUUAAACUAAAAAAAAAAAUAGUGCCUA